AAAGAAGAAGAACGUGAAAAAAAGAGGUUAUGUUUUAGUUAAACUUGGAGUAUACUAUUUUAUUUAUGGAAGAAAAAUUAAGGAUAAGUUGUUAACUUUAAUUAAACAAACAUUAGAUUUAGACAUGAGUUAUGUGAUGGGAUCUUAAACGUGCUAUAUAAAUAUCGUUACUAAACCUUACCAAAACAAGAGGUGUCUCGUGUUCUUUAUUGAAGAUAAAAUCUAACUAUAGAAAUAUUGAACUGUACUCGAUAGUAUCAGACUUUAAAUUAUAUUAAAUAAUAAUAUAGAUAACAAAGUUGUGUUGUAUAAUGGAUAAAAAAGACGAAAAAGAAUUUGCCGAGAUUGGUGUCAAGCCAUGGCUUAUCAAACAGCUAUUUGACCUCGGCAUCAAAACACCUACACCAAUUCAAAAAGGAUGUAUACCUCAAAUUCUCGCUGGCGAUGACUGUAUCGGAGCAGCCAAGACAGGAUCUGGCAAAACAUUUGCUUUCGCAUUACCAAUAUUGCAAAACUUGGCUGAGGACCCAUAUGGAAUAUUUGCUUUGGUGCUGACUCCUACUCAUGAGUUGGCAUAUCAGAUUGGUGAUCAGUUUAGUAUCCUAGGAAGGCCCCUUCAGCUGAGAGUGUGUAUUGUGACCGGAGGAUCUGAUCAGUUAGAAGAGUCUUUGAAGCUAGCCAAGAGGCCACACAUAGUAGUGGCUAUGCCAGGACGAUUAGCAGACCACCUGCAGGGCUGUGACACAUUCACACUUAAAAAGAUAAAAUAUUUGGUAUUGGAUGAAGCAGAUAGAUUGUUCAGUGAAUCUUUCCAGGAUGAUUUGGAGACAAUAUUCAAUGCAUUGCCUCAGAAGAGACAGAAUUUACUUUUCUCUGCUACCAUUACUGAAGAUGUUAGGGAAUCAAAGCUGUUGCCAUUAAAUAAGGAGAAACUAAACAUCUGGACGGAGUCCGACCCACAGCUGACCGUUUCUACACUCGACCAACGUUACGUAGUGUGUCCUGCGUAUGCGCGUGACGUGUACCUCGUGCAAACGCUGCGGAAGUACCGCGAGACUAAGCCCAGUUCACACAUCAUCGUCUUCACUGACACUAAAAAAGAAUGUCAAGUACUUUCAAUGAUGUUGAACGCUAUUAGCAUGGAUAAUGUAUGCCUCCAUGGGUUUAUGAGGCAAAAGGAGCGAGUGGCUGCAUUAACACAAUUCCGGAGCAACCUGAAGUGUACACUAGUUGCUACUAAUGUUGCCGCUAGGGGACUCGACAUACCUACCGUCGAUCUGGUGGUCAACCACAAAUUACCUUUGGAGCCGAAGGAGUAUAUUCACAGGGUAGGUCGUACGGCGCGUGCUGGGAGAUCAGGUAUGGCUAUAUCCUUGAUCACGCCUUAUGACAUUCUUCGACUUGGAGAGAUAGAAGACCAAAUCAAGACCAAGCUUACCGAGUACAAGAUAGACGACGAUGAAGCGGUGAAAGUGUUCACAACAGUCAGUGUAACGAGACGUGAACAAGAAGCGAAGUUAGAUAAUGAAGAGUUUGAACAGCGCAAGCGCAACUACCGCGUCAAACGAUGGAUACAGGCCGGCGUUGAUCCGGAACUGAUGCAGGCGGGCUUGGAAGAGAUGCGUGAGAGCCGAAUAAAGGCGGCCAAGAAGGCGAAAUUAGCGAAAAUCAAAGAACUACAAGGGCAUAUGAAAGAAGCUGAAGCCAGACAAGAGGAUGACAGUCGCUUACAAACGACUGAGAGAGGAGACAAAGAUAUCGAUGCCUCUAUAAAAGACGGUAUGAAGAAAGUUAACAAGAAUUUUAUGAAAAAAGAUAAAAGGUUUAAAGAUGUCAUAGGCAAGAUAAGUAAAAUUAAAAGGAAAGCCGAUAAGGUCAAACCACAGAUGGCGGAGGAACAGGUUAAGAAGAAAAAGAAAAAAAAUGUUAUGAAAUAAUAUAUUAAAUUGAUUC